GGAUGGAGUCAGGGGUUUCACAUUCCUGAGAAACAAACCCAUCUAAUUCCGCACAUUUUAUAGCUGGUGCCUUGGGGAGAAUGUUUUCUACAUAAACUGGCUCUAACUUUCAGGUGUGUCUUCACAUGCCCCGUUUGCUGCCUGCGCCUCUCCACAAAGACUACCAAAUCCUGUAGAAUUGAACUUAAUCAUCUCCUGACAAAAGAAUGCAAUUUCAACUGACCCUUUUUUUGCACCUUGGGUGGCUCAUUUACUCAAAAGCUCAAGAUGACUGCAACAGGGGUGCCUGUCAUCCCACCACCGGCGAUCUCCUGGUGGGCAGGAACACACAGCUUACGGCUUCUUCUACCUGUGGGCUGAGCAGAGCCCAGAAAUACUGCAUCCUCAGUUACCUGGAGGGGGAACAAAAAUGCUUCAUCUGUGACUCUAGAUUUCCAUAUGAUCCAUACGCCCAACCCAAUAGCCACACCAUUGAGAAUGUCAUUGUAAGUUUUGAACCAGACAGAGAAAAGAAAUGGUGGCAGUCUGAAAAUGGUCUUGAUCAUGUCAGCAUCACACUGGACUUAGAGGCAUUAUUUCGGUUCAGCCACCUUAUCUUGACCUUUAAGACUUUUCGGCCUGCUGCAAUGUUAGUUGAACGUUCCACAGACUAUGGACACACCUGGAAAGUGUUCAAAUAUUUUGCAAAAGACUGUGCCACUUCCUUUCCUAACAUCACAUCUGGCCAGGCCCAGGGAGUGGGAGACAUUGUUUGUGACUCCAAAUACUCGGAUAUUGAACCCUCAACAGGUGGAGAGGUUGUUUUGAAAGUUUUGGAUCCCAGUUUUGAAAUUGAAAACCCUUAUAGCCCCUACAUCCGAGACCUUGUGACAUUGACAAACCUGAGGAUAAACUUUACCAAGCUCCACACCCUUGGGGAUACUUUGCUUGGAAGGAGGCAAAAUGAUUCCCUUGAUAAAUACUACUAUGCUCUGUACGAGAUGGUUGUUCGGGGAAGCUGCUUUUGCAAUGGCCAUGCUAGCGAAUGUCGCCCUAUGCAGAAGGUGCGGGGAGAUGUUUUCAGCCCUCCUGGAAUGGUUCACGGUCAGUGUGUCUGUCAGCACAAUACAGAUGGUCCAAACUGUGAGAGAUGCAAGGACUUCUUCCAGGAUGCUCCUUGGAGGCCAGCUGCAGACCUCCAGGACAAUGCUUGCAGAUCGUGCAGCUGUUACAGCCACUCCAGCCGCUGUCACUUCAACAUGACUAUGUACCUGGCAAGCGGUGGCCUCAGCGGGGGCGUGUGUGAAGACUGCCAGCACAACACUGAGGGGCAGCACUGCGACCGCUGCAGGCCCCUCUUCUACAGGGACCCCCUCAAGACCAUCUCGGAUCCCUACGCGUGCAUUCCUUGUGAAUGUGACCCUGAUGGGACCAUAUCUGGUGGUAUUUGUGUGAGCCACUCUGAUCCUGCCUUAGGGUCUGUGGCCGGCCAGUGCCUUUGUAAAGAAAACGUGGAAGGAGCCAAAUGCGACCAGUGCAAGCCCAACCACUACGGACUGAGUGCCACUGACCCCUUGGGCUGCCAGCCCUGCGACUGUAACUCCCUUGGGAGUCUGCCACUCUUGACCUGUGAUGUGGAUACAGGCCAAUGCUUGUGCCUGUCAUAUGUCACCGGAGCACACUGCGAAGAAUGCACUGUUGGAUACUGGGGCCUGGGAAAUCAUCUCCAUGGGUGUUCUCCCUGUGACUGUGAUAUUGGAGGUGCUUAUUCUAACAUGAUGAAUUGCUUUUUCCUCAGGUGUUCACCCAAGAAUGGGCAGUGUGAAUGCCGCCCACAUGUCACUGGCCGUAGCUGCUCUGAACCAGCCCCUGGCUACUUCUUUGCUCCUUUGAAUUUCUAUCUCUACGAGGCAGAGGAAGCCACGCCACUCCAAGGACUGGCGCCUUUGGGCUCGGAAACUUUUGGCCAGAGUCCUGCUGUUCACAUUGUUUUAGGAGAGCCAGUUCCUGGGAACCCUGUUACAUGGACUGGACCUGGAUUUGCCAGGGUUCUCCCUGGGGCUGGCUUGAGAUUUGCUGUCAACAACAUUCCCUUUCCUGUGGACUUCACCAUUGCCAUUCGCUAUGAAACCCAGUCUGCAGCUGACUGGACUGUCCAGAUCGUGGUGAACCCCUCUCGAGGGAGUGAGCACUGCGUACCCAAGACUUCACAGUCAAAGCCUCAGUCUUUUGCCUUACCAGCGGCUACCAGAAUCAUGCUGCUUCCCACACCCAUCUGUUUAGAACCAGAUGUACAAUAUUCCAUAGACGUCUAUUUUUCUCAGCCUUUGAAAAGAGAGUCCUACACUCAUUCACACGUCCUGGUGGACUCCCUUGGCCUUAUUCCCCAAAUCAAUUCAUUGGAGAAUUUCUGCAGCAAGCAGGACUUAGAUGAGUAUCAGCUUCACAACUGUGUUGAAAUUGCCUCAGCAAUGGGACCUCAAGUGCUCCCGGGUGCCUGUGAAAGGCUGAUCAUCAGCAUGUCCGCCAAGCUGCAUGAUGGGGCUGUGGCCUGCAAGUGUCACCCCCAGGGCUCAGUCGGAUCCAGCUGUAGUCGACUUGGAGGCCAGUGCCAGUGUAAAUCUCUUGUGGUCGGGCGCUGCUGUGAUAGGUGCUCACCUGGAAGCUAUGGUUUGGGGCAUCAUGGCUGUCACCCAUGUCACUGCCAUCCUCAAGGAUCAAAGGACACUGUGUGUGACCUAGUAACAGGACAGUGCCCCUGCCAUGGAGAGGUGUCUGGCCGCCGCUGUGAUCGCUGCCUGGCAGGCUACUUUGGAUUUCCCAGCUGCCGCUCUUGCCCUUGUAAUGGGUUUGCUGAACUUUGUGAUCCUGAGACGGGGUCAUGCUUCAAUUGUGGAGGCUUUACAACUGGCAGAAACUGUGAAAGGUGUAUUGAUGGUUACUAUGGAAAUCCUUCUUCAGGACAGCCCUGUCGUCCUUGCCUGUGUCCGGAUGAUCCCUCAAGCAAUCAGUAUUUUGCCCAUUCCUGUUAUCAGAAUCUGUGGAGCUCAGAUGUAAUCUGCAAUUGUCUUCAAGGUUAUACGGGUACUCAGUGUGGAGAAUGCUCUACUGGUUUCUAUGGAAAUCCAAGAAUUUCAGGAGCACCUUGCCAACCAUGUCCCUGCAACAACAACAUAGAUGUAACCGAUCCAGAGUCCUGCAGCCGGGUAACAGGGGAGUGCCUUCGAUGUUUGCACAACACUCAGGGUGCAAACUGCCAGCUCUGCAAACCAGGUCACUAUGGAUCAGCCCUCAAUCAGACCUGCAGAAGAUGCUCCUGCCAUGCUUCUGGCGUGAGUCCCGCGGAGUGUCCCCCUGGUGGGGGAGCUUGCCUCUGUGACCCUGUCACUGGUGCAUGCCCUUGUCUGCCGAAUGUCACAGGCCUGGCCUGUGAUCGUUGUGCUGAUGGAUACUGGAAUCUGGUCCCUGGCAGAGGAUGUCAGUCAUGUGACUGUGACCCUAGGACCUCUCAAAGUAGCCACUGUGACCAGCUUACAGGCCAGUGUCCAUGUAAAUUAGGCUACGGCGGGAAACGUUGCAGUGAGUGCCAGGAAAAUUAUUAUGGUGAUCCACCUGGGAGAUGCAUUCCAUGUGAUUGCAACAGGGCGGGUACCCAGAAGCCCAUCUGUGAUCCAGACACAGGCAUGUGCCGCUGCCGGGAGGGUGUCAGUGGCCAGAGAUGUGAUCGCUGUGCCCGGGGUCACAGCCAGGAAUUCCCUACUUGUCUUCAAUGUCACUUGUGCUUUGAUCAAUGGGAUCACACCAUUUCUUCCCUCUCCAAAGCGGUGCAAGGGUUAAUGAGACUGGCUGCUAACAUGGAAGAUAAAAGAGAGACCCUGCCUGUCUGUAAGGCAGACUUCAAAGGCCUCAGAGAGAACGUGUCUGAAAUAGAAAGGAUUUUGAAACAUCCUGUUUUCCCAUCUGGGAAAUUCUUAAAAGUCAAGGAUUAUCAUGACUCUGUUAGAAAACAAAUCAUGCAGCUAAAUGAACAAUUGAAAGCAGUGUAUGAAUUUCAAGAUCUGAAACAUACAGUAGAAAGAGCAAAGAAUGAAGCAGACCUCUUACUUGAAGAUCUUCAGAAAGAAAUUGAUUUGCAAUUCAGUGUCCUUAAUGCAAGCAUCGCGGACUCCUCAGAAAACAUCAAGAAAUAUUAUCACAUAUCAUCAUCUGCUGAAAAGAAAAUUAAUGAAACUAGUUCUACCAUUAAUACCUCUGCAAAUACCAGGAAUGACUUUCUUACCAUUUUAAAUACAUUAACCUCCAAAGGAAACUUGUCAUUGGAAAAAUUAAAGCAGAUUAAGAUACCAGAUAUCCAAAUAUUGAAUGAAAAGGUGUGUGGAGAUCCAGGAAAUGUGCCAUGUGUUGUGCCCUUGCCCUGUGGCGGUGCUGUCUGCAUGGGCCAGGAAGGGCACAGGAAGUGUGGGGGUGCCGGCUGUCAUGGCUCCCUGACCCUCUCAACGAAUGCCCUCCAAAAAGCCCAGGAAGCAAAAUCUGUUAUUCGUAAUUUAGACAAACAGGUUCGUGGCUUGAAGAAUCAGAUCAAAAAUAUAAGUAAACUGGCAGAAGUCUCCAAAAACAAUGCCUUACAGCUAAGGGAAAAACUGGGAAAUACAAGAAACCAAAGUGACUCUGAAGAAGAAAAACUCAAUCUUUUCAUCAAAAAAGUGAAAAACUUUUUGUUAGGAAAGUUCAACAUGACAAUUCUAUCAGAUUCCCUAACAUCAGGAUUCGAGGAAAACGUGCCUCCAGAAGACAUCGAGAAGGUUGCAAAUGGUGUACUUGACAUUCACCUACCAAUUCCAUCCCAAAAUCUAACGGAUGAAGUUAACAAAAUACAGAAACUUAUGCAACUCUGUAAGGAUUACAGGUCAGAUGAAAACAGGCUAAGUGAAGAAGCAGAUGGAGCCCAAAAGCUUCUGGUGAAGGCUAAAGCAGCUGAGAAAGCAGCAAAUGUUCUAUUAAAUCUUGACAAAACGUUGAACCAGUUGCAACAAGCUCAAAUCACUCAUGGACGAGCAAACUCUACCAUUACACAGCUGACUGCCAAUAUAACAAAAAUAAAAAAGAAUGUGCUGCAGGCUGAAAAUCAAACCAGGGAAAUGAAGAAUGAGCUGGAGUCAGCAAAGCAGCGAUCAGGGCUGGAGGAUGGACUUGCCCUGCUGCAGACCAAGUUGCAAAGGCAUGAAGACCACGCUGUCAAUGUGAAAGUUCAGGCUGAAUCUGCCCAACACCAGGCUGGAAGUCUUGAGAAGGAAUUUGUUGAGCUGAAAAAACAAUAUGCUAUGCUCCAGCAUAAGACAAGCACUACAGGACUAACAAAGGAAACAUUAGGAAAAGUUAAACAGCUAAAAGAUGCUGCAGAAAAAUUGGCUGGAGAUACAGAGGACAAGAUAAGAAGAAUAACAGAUUUAGAAAGGAAAAUCCAAGAUUUGAAUCUAAGUAGACAAGCAAAAGCUGAUCAACUGAGAAUAUUGGAAGAUCAAGUUGUUGCCAUUAAAAAUGAAAUCGUUGAACAAGAAAAAAAAUAUGCUACGUGCUAUAGCUAGGCAGAGUUAAAGUGUAAAAGCUUGUGCCUUUGUUUCUGGUUUCUGAUGUACAAGCCCAUGGGGCUCUGUUGAACCUGUGAAAUACUGAGAAUGUCUUCUACCUUCCUUCCCCACAGCCUGUCCUUAUUACACACCUGCUCAGUGUGGUUGGAGGUUGAAAUGCCACCAGGAAAAUGCCACUUCAUAAUUGAAAGGGGAAAGUAAUGAGAUUGUCUCUGGUUUCAGAAACCUUUCCUCUUGCCUUUCUCUUUCCUAACUUAAAAAUAACAGGUUCCAUAUAACAAGUAGAAAUUUAAGUAAGUACUCUACUUACUAAUAAUCAUUUCAGUCAAAUAAACCUAAACAUUAAAUAAAUAUCUCCAAUACUAGGAUGGAAUACAUAUGGAUGGCAUGUACUAGAUUGUCCUAUAUUUUAUGUUUAUUUGGAUUUACUCUUAUUUGCAAAACUAUUCUUUUGUGAAUAAACUGCAUAGAAUUCAAAAUGUAAC